AUUAGAUGGGCGUGGUAUAUCAAUUAAAAUAAUAUUAGUUUGCUGCUUAGCAACUUUAUCUCGCAUUUGAGGGGUGAGAUGUUCUUUGAAUAUUUUUCUGAUCUGUUGGGUUUUCCUGUGGACAGGGUCCGCUAUGUGACACUGUUCCUCGUAUCUUUUCCAUUGGCUAGUCUCCUCCGUGUUGUUCUUCAUUAUUCAUACACUAGUCCUACCAUCAGACACACUGUAUCUGCUCUACUCGGCCUCCUCUUUGGAUGGAUAUGUUUCCAAUGGCAGGUAUUUUAUCUGAUAGGGUUUGUAUCAGUUGGUUACAUGUUACUAAUCACACUACCACCAACCAUUGUACAAAGAUAUUCAAUGAUAUAUGCCCUCAUUGGUAUUAGUACUGGACACAUUUAUCGUUUAAUAACUGAUUAUGGAGGAUACACUCUUGACUUUACUGGUCCACUGAUGCUGCUGGUUCAAAGGGUCUCCUAUGUUGCUUAUGCUUAUCAUGAUGGAGUAGCAAGGGACGAAAAGGAUCUCAGUGAUGAUCAAAAGAAACUGAAAAUUAGUUCCAUACCGUCUCUUUUGGAGUAUUUCAGUUAUAACUUUAGUUUCAUGACCUUCCUUGCUGGCCCGACUGUUGCUUAUAAAAAUUAUGAUGACUUCAUAACUGGAACCAAUUUUACUCAAGCAGCCAAUAAUAAAACUACCACAGAGCCUAGUCCACUCAUUCCAACGGUAAAGACGUUUCUACUCAGUAUGACAGCUCUUAGUAUUGUUAUUCUUAGUUCAUCAUGGACUGAUACCAGUCUACUGUUAGAUCCUGAUCUUUAUAUAUUGAGACGGCUCAUCAAUAUGCUUAUGUUCUGUCUUGCAAUGAGAUCACAAUAUUUCUUUACUUUCCUAUUGACUGAGAGUAUAUCCAAUGCUGGUGGGUUAGGAUUCACUGGCUAUGAUAAAGAAGGGAGAGAAGUUUGGGACUUAGCUAAGAACAUUGAUCUCAGAGGAUUUGAGCUUGGAGCUAAUCCUAGGGAAAUGACAAGCUCUUGGAAUAUGAAAACUGUCCAGUGGCUUAGGAGGGUAUGUUAUGAUCGUUCUCACUCUGUGCUUUUAACUAACAUGCUGUCUGCCCUGUGGCAUGGUUUUUAUCCUGGCUAUUAUUUAGCUUUUAUUAUGGUGGCUCUUGGCUCUAUUAUUGGUCGUAAGUUGAGGUAUUUGCUCUGGCACAGGUUCCAGUCACCACGCUAUGUUAAGAUACUUUAUGACAUAUCAUCAACAGCAUCGACGUCUUUGUUCAGAGACUUUAUCCAGUGCUUCUUCUGGUUACUGACAAUAGACAAUGUAGUUACCUUCUGUGGAUAUUUUUAUUUUUCUCCGUUUCUCAUAUUACUUUUCUUGGCUCUUGCCCUCCCCGACAAGAAAAAUGGAAAGAAAAAAGAAUAACGUGACAAUAACAAUUUAUUAACUCUAUUUUAUUUUCCUCUUAAAACUGCAAUAAUAAAUUUAUUUUGUGUUGCAUCAUUCCUUUAACCAUUCCAUAGUGCUCCUGAGGCUCUAAUAUGC